CAUUUUUUUUUCCUUUUCCCGCAGACUGGUGACCCUGUGUGAACAAAGCUGCUCUCAGGGACCCAUGUGCAUCAUCUUCUUUAAGUUCGAUCCUCGCCCUGUUUCUAAAAAUGCAUACAGGCUCAUCCUGGCGGCCAACAGGGAUGAAUUUUACCACAGACCAUCCAAGCUAGCUGACUUCUGGGGGAGCAACAAUGAGGUCCUCAGUGGGCUUGACAUGGAGGAAGGCAAGGAAGGAGGCACGUGGCUGGGCAUCAGCACACGGGGGAAGCUGGCCGCACUCACCAACUACCUGCAGCCGCGGCAGGACCCAGAUGCCCGGGGCCGAGGUGAACUUGUGACCCACUUUCUGACCACAGACAUGGACAGCUUGUCCUACUUGAAGAAGGUCUCUGCGGAGGGCCAUCUGUACAACGGCUUUAACCUCAUAGCAGCCGACCUGAGCACAGAGAAGGGAGAUGUCAUUUGCUACUAUGGAAACCGGGGGGAGCCCGAGCCAGUCGUCCUGGCACCAGGUAAGCCUACUCUGGUGGGUGGUGACAAGGUGGGGGCUGCUUCUGUGGGGACACUUCUGUACUUUUCAGAGACUGGGUCCCUGUCACAUUUCUCUCCUGGGAUUAUGCUCCUUGGCCGUUUGUGUGCCUUAUGCCCCCAUAGUGGCCCAUGGCCUACACUUGGUCCACAUGUCAGGCUGCCCACAGCCAGGGCCACCUUCUCCUAGCACUGAGCCCGUGACUGCCCAGAGAGAAUUGAAAAAGGACAAUCUGCAAAAGGACACAGAGGCCCCUCCUACCCCCACUUCUAUGAGUUGGCCCAGAGGCCUUUGUGGAAGCAUCUGGAAACUACCCCUGUGAUGCCCUCUCUCAUUUCUCAGUACUUGAGAUCCUGUGACUGG